GCGCCAUCCCGUUCUCGAUUUGCGACAAGGGGGGUGCGGCUGUAACCAUGGAUCCCAGUGUACUCGCCACCAUGGACAAGGACGCACUGAAGAAGCAGAUCGAGAAUAUGAAGUACCAGGCGUCCAUGGAACGGUGGCCCCUGUCGAAGAGCAUUGCGGCGAUGCGGGAGUAUGUGGAAGAGAACGAGAGGAAUGACCCACUGAUACACGCGCCCGACAAGAAGAACAAUCCCUGGGCCGAGAAAGGCAAGUGCAUAAUCAUGUAAUCGGGGCCAGAGCGGAGGAAGAGCAACAGAAGAAGAAGGAAGCGGGCAUACAAACCGAGGAGGAGAGGAGCCGGUCGUUCAUCCGCGGCAAAAGAAAUCUCAGAUCAUGAAGAGGGGAGAGGAGUGGAGGAGUAGGAGGAGAAGCACACAAGAGGAAGAGGAAGAGAUGCCGGUAGACGUCCGCUGUGAUUCGAUCGCGAUUCGCAGAUUUACUCGAUCGUCGAAGCGAUCGUCCACCGGCCCUGCCGAAAUAAACACGUGGUUACGAUCAGUUCCGCAGUCGAUCUGUCGACUGAAGAUCGAACUGGAGCGAACUGUUUGCCGGGACCGUUCCGUUCCUCCAGGACUGUUCUACGAUCGCGCGACAUGCGGCUUUGCUGAUCAAUUUCUGAUCCGUAUCAGCCCAUGAGGUAUAUCGUUAUCCUUCGUUGAUUGUGCCAUUCGUUACAUAAUAUCGUAAAGAUGUCCCGAGGAUAAUUCGAAGCCUGUGCAUUGAUAAGUCUAUUGAUGACGGACAAAAAAAGAGAUACGAAAAGAAAGAACAAAAAAACGCGAUAACUUGUAACUGAUCUUAUGAAGUAAUCGCGCGUUGUUAACAAUUUGCGAUAAAUUCAAACGGUUUGCAAUUGCAAGAGGAAGCAGAGAGACGAGAAGAAAAGGAAGGAAAAUUGAAGAAUUUGUCAGAUGAAUCACUUCCGCCUGGAUCGAUCGACGUCGAAUCAACUGCCGCAUGCCGCGCGACGUCGCCCUGCACAUUUUACUCGCCGAUGCACUUGCGAUGUGAAACUUUAUCCAUUCACCGAUCAAUCCAUGAAUGCAAUUUAUUCUUAAUGUUACAUGUAUACAUAAAUAUAUAUUCGUAUU